AUGAAGCACAUGGGGGGGUUCAGGACGCUCUUCUGUGGAGCUCUAUUUUUGCUCCAAUUCUGGGGGGAGGCCACGUGCCAUAAGGUAUACAAGGUGGGUUCAGAACCCAUCCCCUGUUCGCAGUGCAAGGACGUACGUGAAUGCAGCGCGUGUCUGUUUGAGGAGCAGGAUUCCCCACAUGCGAUCCACUUGAAGCUGAAUAAGAAGAAGCCAAGUGACCACAGCAAUUUGAAGAAGCACCACGAUUCGCUGAAGCUCGGCGGGGUGAAGUACUACGUGAAGAGGGGAGAAGGAAUUUCAGGCAGUCUGGGUAACCCCUCGGGGCACACCCUGGAUGAUAUAGACAGCAUUAACGAGGAGAUCAGGAUCAGGCGGGAGGAGAGCGCCGGCGUGGGCAGGAACGGCGCAGAGGUUACCGCUUAUGGGGGGAGUGGCCCGUCCGACCGCUUCGCGGGGGUGCAGAGGCACGCGCACGCGGGGGGGGUAAGCGGCGACAUGGCGAGCGGCGAACAGAGGGGAAGCGACGAAAUUGCGAAGGGCGAGAGCUUCAUCGACGUGAAGAACGCCCACGCCGUGGUGGAGCAGACGGAAGAGAACGUCUUCCUAAUCCCCCUGAAGCACCUGCGUGAUAGCCAGUUCGUGGGGACUCUCCUCGUGGGGGUCCCCCCUCAAGAGAUCCACCCCAUCUUUGACACGGGCAGCACAAAUCUGUGGGUGGUUACAACAGACUGUGAGGAGGAGUCUUGCAAAAAGGUUAAGAGGUACAACCCGUAUAAGUCCAAAACGUUUAGGAGAUCAUUCAUAGGGAAGAACCUCCACAUCGUAUUCGGAUCGGGUUCUAUUUCUGGGUCCAUUGGGAAGGAAACGUUCGUCUUAGGAGACCAUACAGUGCGCAACCAGACGUUUGGGUUAGUGGAGAGUGAAUCAAACGACAGCCUAAAUGGAGACAAUAUAUUUGACUACAUCGAUUUUGAGGGCAUUGUAGGGUUGGGGUUUCCAGAAAUGCUAUCAGCAGGGAAGGUCUCUUUUUUUGAUAAUCUACUGAGUCAGAAUAAGAACUUAUCUCCGCAGUUUUCCUUUUACAUAUCUCCGGAGGACAACACGUCUACCUUCCUAGUCGGUGGGGUGAGCAAGUCUUUUUACGAGGGCAGCAUCUACAUGCUUCCCGUGGUGAAGGAGUACUACUGGGAGGUGGAGUUGGAUGGCAUUUACGUGGGGGAGAAAAAAAUUUGUUGUGAGGAGAAGAGCUACGCCAUUUUUGACACGGGCACUUCGUAUAACACCAUGCCUAGUGCUCAGAUGAAGGGGUUUUUUGAUGUGGUUCCUUCUGCCCCCUGCACGGAGGAGAACUACCAGGAGGUGCUGAAGAACUACCCCGUGAUUAAGUACCUGUUUGGCGACUUGGUAAUAGAGCUGCUGCCAGAGGAAUACAUGAUUUUGAAUGAGGAGAGCUGCAUCCCGGCGUACAUGCAAAUUGACGUGCCCUCGGAGAAGAACCACGCCUACCUGCUCGGCAGCAUUGCCUUCAUGCGGCACUACUACACGGUCUUCGUGCGCGGCGCGGGCGGGCAGCCCUCCAUGGUCGGCGUCGCAAAGGCCAGAGCGGCGGCGGAGGCGGCGCAGAAGGUGGCCGAGUGA